UGGACUCCAACUCCUCCAAAAGGCCGAGAAACCGUCUUUUUCCUCCCCACUCAAUCUUUCCCCGGAAAAUCUCGUCAGAGAAAAAUGGACGGAAAUUUAGAAAUUUCGAUCGACAAGCUCCCGGUCAAGCGCCUGGAGGCCAUCGAGGAAAAUGGCGCCGAGCGCUUUCCGACUGAUGUUGGGUACGACGAGAAGCGAGUUUCUCUGAUUCGGAGGAUAGAUUUUGCGUGGGCGUUGGAGAGAGAGGAAGAUGACGACGAGAGGAAGAAGAAGCAGAAGAAGAGUUCCAAGGAGAGCACCUCGGGGACGCAAUGGCCAUGGCAGGGGAUGGUGGAGAACUUGCAGUUGGCUCACCAGGAGCUCUCUGUCAUUAUCGAUCUCAUCAACACUGUGACUCUCUUUCAAUCUCUCAUUUCCUCCUUAGUCAAUUUUCCCUAUUCAUUAUUCGUUUCUAUAUUGGAAGCUAAUGAUGCUGUAACAGUUGCUAGUAUGAGCAGACCAAAACCGUUAGCUGAGGAGCAGCUGGCUGAUCAUGCUGUUUCCACUGCAACCAAGCUACAAUGCUACCGGCAACUUGGUAAAUACUUUAAGCAGUCUGCCAAAGCUUUGGAUCUUCAAGUGGCCAGAGAAGCAAGAUUUUAUGGUGCUUUGAUCAGAUUGCAGCAGAACUGGAAAGUUAAACGCCAGAGACUGGCUGCACUUGCCCCGGCCAAUGAAGGGUUCACAUUUGACCUGUACGACAACUCAUUAUACGACCCAACAGCUGUUCGACCGACCUCUCUUUGUACCAUUCGGAUUGAACACGACCCAGCUGGCAUGCUUGCCAUAAAUUUGCCUCCAAAGUCUCUUCAUUCGCUUCACUUUGGGUUUCUAGGUUUACACUCCAAUAAAAGUCGUAGUAAGACAGCCAGUAAAAUCAGAACCAAUUCGUCAAUUGAGCAUAUAUCAAAAGGAACCGAGAAAGAAUCUCUAGAUGAUAAUGGAAGUGUGAAAGAAACACAUUCCCUGCUCCGUGAAGUUCAUCAAGCAAUCUUUGACGAGCAGGUAUUUGAUAUAGUGAACCGUGAAGCAGUUAACCAAUCUUUAGGAGUCAACAUUACUGGAAUCCGAGAAAACUAUCUACAACUGAGCAUUGGUCCAGGAACCUCUGUGUUUGUAUCUGUUACUCCUUGUGACCAGGAUGAAUCAACAACUGUCGAUGGUAGAAUCCCCCAGGAUUUGGAAUCUGCAACCUUACCUCUGGAUUCAGUGGAGGAUGAAAACAUUAUGAAGCACUUGGGCUUUCCCAAUUCUACUAGUUAUGAAAUAUUCCUUCGCCAGAUAUUUCAUGAGAAUUUUCUCGUAAAAGCAAAGGAGAAACCCGUUUCUACAGGCACUCGCGUACCUACACCCCGAGUGAAGGAUGGGCCCAGUCUUCUUGGUCACUUCUGCUUAUCUCUGGCUCAUAGAAUACUUUCAAACAAAGUUCUUAUGGAGCUAGAAAAAGUGGUUUGCAGAGUCCCGUAUCUCCAUUUGAUAUCUCAUCCCACUUGGCAUUCCAGGUCAUCUUCCUGGACAAUCUUGAUGAGAGUACCACCAACCAUUCUCAAUGCCAAUUCUCAAUCACAGUCCUCGGACAUCCAAGGCAUGAAGAAUACUGUUAUUAAAUCAGAGUUCCGGAACAAGGUUAUGGUGAACGAUGAUCACAUCCACAUCGAAGCAGAAGGUGCUCCCAACGUUGUUGGCCUCUUCAACGGAAGUUCUAAAGACAGAUGCGUGACCAACAAAUAUGAUUGUGAUUUGGUCGAUCUUCCCGUCACAAUUCUACAGCAGGUUGCAAGCCAGGUUAUCCGUUGGCUGCACGAGGAGGCUCUCGGGGUGGGCAUGAAGGCAAGUCGGGAUUUCCUGUGCUUGUCUUUCGAGCUGGAUCAAGGCGAGCUACUCAGCCUGGUGGCCCACGUAGACCCAGAAGACACUCAGGGAUGCAUAUCUUGGUGGCUGGUCAUGGAUGAAAGCUUUGCAGAAGAGAGGAAACUCUAUGCCGAUGCUGAUGUAGAUGGAUCGUCCGAUUACCGGAAGUUCUUGGGGUAUCUUACCUUGGAUGUGUUGUAUUCAACCCUGAUGGAUCUAGUCAGUUUGUGCAGCGGCGGCGGAGGCCGUUGACAUGGUUCUUAUCAUCUAAGAGAUCCCCCUGUAAUUUUCUUCUGUAAUGCAGUAGUCAUGUAAGCACAGGGAAGGUACUUUGUACAUUAACACUGUCCUUAAUCUUAUCCAUAUUGUCUUUUCAGAAUCAUUCUACUUGGUUAUUGAAUUAUUUAACAAAAGAGAAAGUCGUCG